CGGCUUUGAAGAAUUAGGAUUUAAUGAAUCAAAGUUUAUGAAUGUAAGUCAAUUAAGAUCGCGAAAUUAUAACUUUAAAGUCAAACAUAGGGGUUUGACUUCAAAUGAGUUUUUACCCGCAACUAUAAAGCAAUCAUUAUUAAAUGUUGGAACAAACUUAUCUGCAGAUGUCAUAAUUCCAUUUGAAAUGCUUGUUCCGGGCGCCGUUCAAAUUCCCGAAGUUCCUAAUUCUGAAUUGAAACUAUUGUCUCGAAAGUCACAUUAUCCCGUUUCCGAAAUUCGGAUGUGA